CAUCUCCAUGUUCUUCGAAACGUCAAAUUGCUCCCGGGUGGCUGCGUUCUUGCAUUGGUUCCUCGUUUUAGUGUUUGUCUUCAGAAUCCUGACAAGUUCCCAAUAGGAUCGCCCAGUCAUGACGAUCUACAGUGCCCUGAAACUCCCUCGGAUCAUUCAAAACUUGAAGACAGUUGUCCAGCUGCGUCAGGGAUUUUCCUCGCACGCUAAAUAUGCCGAGCAUAAGCCAAUCGAGCUGAUCCGCAAUAUCGGGAUCUCGGCGCACAUUGACAGCGGCAAGACGACACUGACCGAGCGAAUUUUGUUCUACACGGGCCGCAUCGAAUCCAUGCAUGAGGUCCGCGGGAAGGAUAAUGUGGGCGCCACGAUGGACUCUAUGGAGCUGGAGCGGCAGCGAGGAAUCACCAUUCAGUCGGCUGCGACGUACACCCUCUGGAAGGACACCAACAUCAAUAUCAUCGACACUCCCGGGCACGUUGACUUCACGGUCGAGGUCGAGCGCGCCUUGAGGGUCCUGGACGGAGCCGUUCUGGUGCUUUGCGCUGUUGGCGGCGUUCAAAGCCAAACACUGACCGUGAAUCGGCAAAUGAAGCGUUACAAUGUCCCUUGCUUGGCGUUCAUUAACAAACUGGAUCGGCAAGGGUCGAACCCCUAUCGAGUGAUCUCCCACAUGCGGUCCAAGCUCAACCACAACGCGGCCUUUAUCCAGCUCCCAAUCGGGUUGGAGAACAACCUCAAAGGCAUCAUCGACCUCGUUGGCGAGAAAUCAAUCUACUUCGAGGGCCCGCUCGGGACAGAAUUGCGAUACGACGAAAUCCCUCAAGACAUGCGCGCAGAAUCCCAAGAAAAGCGCCAAGAACUCAUCGAACACCUUUCAAACGCCGAUGAGAAGUUCGGAGAGCUCUUCCUGGAGGAGAAACCCUUCACAGAGGCGGACAUUAAGGCGGCAAUCCGCCGGUCCUGUAUCAAGCGAGAGUUCACCCCCGUCCUCGUUGGCUCAGCCCUAAAGAACAAAGGCGUGCAGCCCCUCCUGGAUGCAGUCCUUGAAUACCUUCCAAAUCCCGGCGAAGUAGAGAACAUUGCGCUAGUCGAAAAGGAUGGCCAGGACACCGAGAAAAUCGUCUUGAGUCCGGCCCGUGACGGCAAGCUUCCAUGCGUGAGUCUCGCCUUCAAGUUGGAGGCCGGCAAAUUCGGUCAAUUGACUUACUUGCGCUGCUAUCAAGGAGUCCUGAAAAAGGGCGACACCAUUUACAACGCGCGUACCGGAAAGAAAGUGCGUUUGGCGCGAUUGGUCCGGCUUCAUUCGAAUCAAAUGGAGGAUGUGAACGAAGUCUACGCGGGAGACAUUUUCGCUUUGUUCGGCGUUGAUUGUGCGAGCGGAGAUACUUUUGUCACUGACCCUAAGCUCAACUUGGCUAUGGAAUCGAUUUACGUCCCCGAACCGGUCGUCUCCAUGUCAAUCAAGCCAACCAAUUCUAAGGAUCGCGACAAUUUCGCGAAGGCCAUUGGUCGAUUCACCAAAGAGGAUCCCACCUUCCAAUUUCACUACGACUCGGACGUUAAGGAGACACUUGUAUCCGGAAUGGGUGAACUUCACUUGGAAAUCUACGCCCAACGCAUGGAGCGCGAAUACGGCUGCCCAGUGACCCUAGGCAAACCGAAAGUAGCUUUCCGGGAAACCCUAGUCUCCCCGUGCGCCUUCGACUACCUCCACAAGAAACAAUCAGGCGGUGCUGGCCAGUACGCUCGAAUCAUUGGCGUGGUAGAACCUCUCCCAGCCACUCACAACACAGUCAACGAAUUCGCCGACGAAACGAUGGGCACAAAUGUCCCGAAACAAUUCAUUCCCGGCGUGGAGCGUGGUUUCCGGGAGAUGUGCGAGAAGGGCUUGUUAACUGGUCAUAAAAUCUCAGGAAUUAAAUUCCGGCUGCAGGACGGUGGUCAUCAUAUUGUCGACUCGAGCGAGUUGGCGUUCAAUUUGGCAACGCAUGGCGCUAUCAAGGAAGUUUUCAAUGAGGGAUCGUGGCAGAUUCUGGAGCCGAUCAUGUUGGUGGAGGUUACGGCGCCUGAUGAGUUCCAAGGUGUUGUGAUGGGGCAGCUGAAUAAGAGGCAUGGCAUCAUCACGGGGACAGAUGGAGCUGAGGGGUGGUUCACGGUGUAUGCGGAGGUUCCGUUGAACGAUAUGUUCGGGUAUGCUGGAGAGUUGAGAUCCAGCACACAAGGCAAAGGAGAAUUCACCAUGGAAUACAGUCGAUAUUCGCCAUGUCUGCCAGAUUUGCAGGAAAAACUGAUUCGGGAGUAUCAAGAAUCGCAAGGAAUUAACGUAGAGAAGAAAAAGAAGAAAAACUAACCCAAUGAAGACCUACGAGGACCGCGCGAGUGCAUCUUAAUGUCUAGUUAAUUUCAUACGUUAAUUUUAGAAUAAAUGCUAUCGAUAACCAAUCUAGUAUGAAUGAAGGUUGAGGCUUUUCGAACUGUGAUACUUUUUUGGUCUCAAUCGACAUUUGUGUGUAUCUAACUCCCGAAUCAUGUACGAACAAAAGUGUAUGUGAAGAAUGACUAUAUAUUGUUAUAUAGGAAAUC